AUGAAGAUACAGUUUUUAAUUUUCUCUUUCUCCGUAUUGUUUGCCCUCUGCAACGCAGCGAGCGAGUGCAGAACUCCGCUGGAUAUACAAAUUUGUGUGCAACUCAGUCGACGCUGUCGCGAAACUGCGCCCAAAAGGACUCCCGCUCUACCCACAGACAGCUUGGGAGUUUUCAACCAGGAUUGCCGCAGGCGCGUCGAGGGCUGGCGCAAUGUGGCGCUUUGUGAUAUGUUGUGGGCGGUCUGUGAACUUACAAUCAUAAAAUGCGAAAAAAUCUCUUGUUCCACUGUCGCAGGGGCGGUAAAGAGACUUAAUUUAAAUUAAAUGCUUAGCUCAAAUAUCAAAAUGCGGUUUACG